AUGAAAGGCAGACACAUGGGAACUACUCUCUUACGUCUGGAUGAAAGGCAGACACUUGGGAACUACAUGUUAUGUCCGGAUGAAAGGCAGACACUUGGGAACUACAUGUUAUGUCCGGAUGAAAGGCAGACACUUGCGAACCAUGUGUUAAGUACUGGUGACAGGAAGACACUUGGGAAGCACAUGUUAAGUACGGAUGAAAGACGGACACUUGGGAACCACAUGUUAAGUACGGAUGAAAAGCAGACGCUUGGGAACCACAUUAUAAGUCCAGAUGAAAGGUAUACACUUGGCAACCACAUGUUAAGUCCGGGUGAAAGGCAGACACUUGGGAACCACGUGUUAAGUUCGGAUGACAGGCAGACACUUGGAAACCACGUGUUAAGUACGGAUGAAAGGCAGACACUUGGGAACCAUAUCUUAAGUCCGGAUGAAAAGCAGACACUUGGGAACCACGUGUUAUGUUCGGAUGAAAGGCAGACACUUGGGAACUACAUGUUAAGUCCGGAUGAAAGGCAGACACUUGGGAACCACGUGUUAAGUACUGGUGAAUGGAAGACAUUUUGGAACCACAUGUUAAGUCCGGAUGAAAGGCAGACACUUGGGAACUACAUGUUAAGUCCGGAUGAAAGGCAGACACUUUGGAACCACAUCUUAAGUCCGGAUGAUAGGCAGACACUUGGGAACCACAUCUUAAGUCCGGAUGAAAGGCAGACACUUGGGAACCACGUGUUAAGUACGGAUGGAAGGCAGACACUUCGGAACCACAUCUUAAGUCCGGAUGAAAGGCAGACACUUGGGAACUACAUGUUAAGUCCGGAUGAAAGGCAGACACUUUGGAACCACGUGUUAAGUUUGGAUGAAAGGCAGACACUUGGGAACCACAUCUUAACUCCGGAUGAAAAGCAGACACUUGGGAACCACGUGUUAAGUACGGAUGAAAGACGGACACUUGGGAACCACAUGUUAAAUACGGAUGAAAGGCAGACGCUUGGGAACCACAUGUUAAGUCCGGAUGAAAGGCAGACACUUGGGAACCACAUGUUUAGUCCGGAUGAAAGGCAGAUACUUGGGAAUCACAUGUUAAGUCCGGAUGAACGGCACACACAUGGGAACCACGUGUUAAAUACGGAUGAAAGGCAGACACUUGGGAACCACAUCUAA